AAAUUCGCGUUCACGGAUCUCUCCUUCAGAACUUGGACAGUGGCGCAGCGUUUUGUGAAGAAGCAGCUGAUAAACAGGGAUCCCACCCCGUACCAGCCCUUUUUCAGAGGACCAGUUUCUAAGAGGAGCUGCACAGAUGUGAUUUGUUGUGUGCUUUUCAUGGCUGCCAUUGUAGGCUACAUGACUAUUGGUGUCCUAGCUUGGCUAUUUGGAGAUCCACGCCAUGUCUUCUUCUCCCGAAACUCCACUGGGAUGUUUUGUGGAGCAGGGGUAAACAUCAACGAGCCCAAUGUCUUCUACAUUGACAUUCUGAAGUGUGACACUGAAACCAAUGAAAUGGCCACCACUCUAAAGGGUCACCAGUGCCCAACCACUCAAGUGUGUGUCAAAGAAUGCCCCUCUGAGUUCUGGAAAUUGCCCCCUGAAGCAUAUGCCUCAGAUGCACUGCCAAAGGACUUUUUCCAGCAGAAGUACUGUGAUCCCAGCCUUGAUCUUGUCCACACCACAUUGACUGUCCAAGAUAUUCUUGAUCAAGAGCUUUGCCCGUAUUUCUACACACCAAGCAAAGCAGCACUGGGAAGAUGUCUGCCUAGUUUUGACCCAAAACAUGUUCCUGCGGACUUCAUUCUUCCUGGACUAUCUACUGUUGAUGACACAGUCAAGCACAUCAAGAAUGCUAUGGGCUCUCUUGUUUCAGGAUUAAAUUCCAAAUCAGUAGGAGUGCGUGUCUUUGAGGACUUUGCGACUUCAUGGUAUUGGAUAUUAAUUGGUCUACUGGCUGCUAUGAUCAUUAGUGUGGUGUUCAUGUUGCUUAUGAGAUAUUGGGUAUCUUUGCUGGUUUGGCUCCUUAUUGUAGGUGUUUUGGCAGUGGGAGCAUAUGGUAUUUACCACUGUUACUGGGAAUACAACAACUACAGACACUCAAAACUCACCCUCGGUGACCUCGGCUUCAAUUCCAAGUUCUCUGUCUAUCUUCAAGUGAAGGAAACAUGGCUGGCUUUCUUGGUGAUCUUGUGCCUAGUGGAACUGGUCCUUUUACUGUUGCUGAAAAGUCUAGGGAAUAAAAUCUCCAAUGCUCUGGCACUUUUGGAGGAGUCCAGCAGGGCAGUGAGCUAUGUAAUGUCCACACUGGCAUACCCCUUGGUCACAUUUAUCCUGCUGGUGGUGUGUGUGUGCUACUGGGGAGUUACUAGCCUAUUCUUGGCAACAUCUGGAGCUCCAGUAUAUCGUGCAAUCUCUCUCAACUCCUCCAUAGCUAACUGCCAUUCCAUCACAGGCUUAGAGAACUGUCUUCCACAGACAUUCAAUGCUUUGGCCUAUUCCACAUGCCCCACUGUGCACUGUGUCUUUUUCAAAUAUGACGAUGAGGGUUUUUUCCAAAGGAAUGCAGCUUACCUUCAGAUCUUUAAUGUGCUGGCCUUCCUCUGGUGUGUGAAUUUUAUCAUUGCUCUGGGACAGUGCACACUGGCCAGCACCUUUGCAACGUUCUACUGGGCCUUUAGUAAACCAGAUAAUAUUCCACCUUACCCUCUCUUACAAGCCUUCAUCUGGACUUUACGGUACCAUGUUGGAUCUAUGGCAUUUGGUGCUGUCAUCCUCACAUUGUUCGAGUUUCCCCGGAUCUUUCUGGAAUAUCUUGACCACAAGUUCAGAGAUUGCCAGAAUUCUUGCUGUCGUUUUGUGAAGAUGUCCCUCAAAUGUUGCUUCUGGUUUCUAAAUAAAUUCCUGAAGUUCGUCAACAGAAACACUUAUAUCAUGAUUGCUGUAUAUGGUGACAGUUUCUGUGUGUCUGCCAAGAAUGCUUACAUGCUCCUGAUGAGAAAUAUUGGACGAGUGGUGAUACUGAACAAUGUUACCAACAUGCUGCUGUUCUUUGGCAAAUUGCUGGUGGCUGGAUCAGUAGGUAUACUGGCCACAGCCUUCUUCUCUGGACAUAUCACAUUGCCAGAUGCCACUUUCCAGGCUGAGCUGCUACAUUACUACUGGGUGCCCAUUAUUAUGGUGGCGGUAGGAGCUUACCUCAUUGCUCAGGGAUUUUUCAGUGUGUACAGCAUGUGCAUUGACACUCUAUUCCUCUGCUUCUUGGAUGAUCUGGAGCGCAACAACGGCACCACACAGAGGCCAUACUACAUGUCCAGGAGCCUGAUGCGAAUCCUUCACCAGUCCGAAAACUGAUAAAAAGUCUCUCAUGCCUGUUUACUUUUUUUAGUAAUAAAGUCAUACAACUAAGCA